GGUUGAAGCCGAAGGAAGUAACAUUCGUAUUUAGGACUGUGACGUUGGUGGCCUCCUCUAGCCUGCACCGGAGUGUACCGCCAGGAUGAACGCCCCUCCAGCCUUCGAGUCGUUCUUGCUCUUCGAGGGCGAGAAGAAGAUCACCAUUAACAAGGACACCAAGGUACCCAAUGCCUGUUUGUUCACCAUCAACAAAGAAGACCACACCUUAGGGAACAUCAUUAAAUCGCAGUUGCUGAAGGAUCCGCAGGUGCUGUUUGCUGGCUACAAAGUCCCCCACCCCUUGGAGCACAAGAUCAUCAUCCGUGUACAGACCACUCCGGACUACAGCCCCCAGGAGGCCUUCACCAAUGCCAUCACUGACCUCAUCAGUGAGCUGUCCCUUCUGGAGGAGCGGUUCCGGGUGGCCAUUAAAGACAAACAAGAAGGGAUUGAGUAGGCAGCUGGAAGUUGUGUGGCCUGGGACGCCACUGCUGGAAGCUUGCUUGAGGCACAGUGCAGAGGACAGCAGCCAGGCCCAGCUGCAAUGCCCAGGGCUCCUCUGGUGAACCGGCCCUCACACGAGGCAUCCUGUAAAGUUUCAUCUUUCUAAUAGAGGUGACUUCACAGCAAGUGGACUGUCAGGUCCCAGGAAGGCAGUUAACCUGUCAGACACCCUGACUGUGGAACCUGAGGGCUGCCAGUGAGGUGGUCUGGAGAAGGGACCUGAGAGCCUGUCCACGCUUUGUUCUGGAAGUUUAGCCAGGUCCAUCUGACUUACAGCAGGAGCCAGGAUGGGCCCAAAGGACAGCACACAGU